AUGUCGCUCUCCCUUUUGCUCUUCCUGAACCUCCUGGCGCGGGCCUUCGCCUGGGCCCGCGUGGCCGCGACCUUCGAGGCCGCGGCAGGCCGCAACGCCUCGCUGGCGGAACACCUCGAGGGCCUCGAAGGCCUCCAGCCGCGGCCCGGCUUCAAGGGUGGCCUGCAGCUGCUGGGCGCCUGCUGCGGCGAGCAGAGACAGAAGGCCCUGGAGGUGGAGACCUCCAUCAACAGCAACACGCUCUACGGCUCCACUAAGGAGAUAGCCGAGGUCUUGUUCAACGCCUCGGCCUGCGCGCCGGUUCCUGAGACCGACCGGGGCCAGAAGGCCAAAGCAGGCUGUGCCUACGUCGCCAUCUUUGCGAACACGGAGUUCGCCGACAAUGAGUACGCUGCGAACUGCGUUCCUGCACAGGUUUGCAAGGACGACGUUUUGGGCCGGACGAAGGGGCUGAUUGCAACCUACGGAGUGCUCCUGCAGACCAUGCAAGAGAACCUCGGAUCUCUGGUUUAUUUGUCCGAGAGCCCCAUCAGCAGAUGCUACGAGGGGCGAGAUCAGAUCAACCUCGGGAACCUCCAGUCGCUGCUUGUGGAGAAGGAGCUUCGUUUGGAGGACGAGGAGGGGGCCGUGCUUGGCAGCGAGAUGGUCAUGGAGAUCCCCGGCAUGGAGAGCCUGGGUUCCCAGGAGAGCCUCCUUCCUUGCAAGGACGACCCCUCCCUCGGCUACCUCUACGUGCACCGGAACCGCUACUGGUCCAGCGAGAAGCAGGCCGUGGACCUGGCGGCUUUUGAGCUCCGUCAGAGCCGGAGCCUUCCGAAGAUCCAGAAAAAAGCGCAGCUGAGGGCCAAGGCCCUCAAAGAGGUCUCGGAGAACUCAGCGGAGGAGCCGAAGCCCAAAGCGGAGCUUCAGGUGUUGGAGCGGAUCGACGCCGUGGCGCCCGAGGCGCUGGGAGUGAAGGCCCCAAGAGGAUCGGAGCCCAAGAAAGCGCAAACUGCGGAGAAAGAAGCCGAGGCUUUGAAGGUGGAGGCUGCCGUGGCGCCGAAGCACGUCCAGCUCGGGGCCGGGGCGGCAACGCUGGCAAGCCCUCCCGGCAGCGCUGCCAGUCCCCAUCACCCGGUGGUGCUGGGGCAGAGGUACCAUUCAAACUGGAAUCUACCCUCCAUCAGCCCCGUCCACUGCACCUGCGGCAGGCGAUGCGCGAAAGGCCGCAUCUUGGGCCUCUGGAACUACUGGUGCUUCCGCUACGAAUGCAACAAAUGCCCACCGAUAGUGCACGCGCUGACCUUGGGCCACUGA